GAGUGUGUGUGUAGUCAGAGGGUGGAAAUCAAGCACCAGGGAUCACUGAGUUAAGACCCGAACCGAUUGAGAGAGCUUACUUAUACUCUGGGUCUGAUCAGCGAGUGGGCAACGAUCCAAUUGCCAUCACAAUGGUCAGAUGGAACUUGUGUGCAAUACUGUUUGUAACCGCGGUGUUAGGAGAAGCUGCUCCCCCAACGCAUAUCCAGAUCAGCCAAGAACUGCCUCUUCGACUAACUGGGACCUUCUCCGCGUACUCCUGUCCGCUCUUCUGGACAGAAUUCAACGGAUACUGUUUCCGUUUCUUCCCCGAGAACAAAACGUGGGCUGAAGCUGACCUGUACUGCGCUGAGUUUUCGAAUGGUCUCAGAUCAGCAAAAUUAGCAUCUAUUCAUAGCUGGGAAGAAAAUGUGUUUGUUUAUGACUUGGUUAACAGUCGAGUUCCUGGAAUCCCCACGGAUAUUUGGAUAGGACUUCACGAUAGGAGAGUGGAAGGGAGUUUUGAAUGGACAGAUGGGACAACAUACAGCUACAGUUACUGGGACGGAAACCAACCUGAUGAUGGCAUCCAGUUAAUACCGGAGGAAGAGGAUUGUGUGCAGAUAUGGUUUCGACAAAACAGUGCUCUCAGGUCCUGGAAUGACAACCGUUGCAGCCGCGAAUUUCCAUUUGUUUGUAAAAUUCCGUCCUUAGAGAACAACUAGCCAGCAUACGCAUCAUGGACUGAUGUUUCCAAUUCGCUUUGAAGGUUGUUUCCCUGGAAUUAACAGCAUUGACUCAAACGGCAUCCUAGCCAACUGGUGAAACCAAUUUUAGUAGCUCGGGUUGAAGUACUGUAUUGCACCAACACAGCAUCAAUAUGUUGGCACUGGACAAAAAAAUACAGGUCUUUCUUCUGAUUUCAUUACUUUCAGGUUUCAAUUAAUCACAGCCCUUUCUGAUGGACAGUGUGACUUCACGGUGAAUGUCAAAGCAGAGAAAUGCAAUAUUCUCCGAAUGACUUUCAAUCUCAAUGUACGUACGCUAGUGAUUUUUGAUUGAUUGGUUCAAUUUGGUUUCCAACAACGUAAAUUGGAGGUUUGACGUGCCUUGUGCUGGAUGUCUCAGCCGCACCCACACCAAUAAUGUGUAUUUGUUAAAGAUGCACAUAGUUUUUCAAAAGAUCUAUGUAAAUGAGUACCUGCGCCUCAUAAAUCAUCGCGAUGCAAAAUUGCAGUUGAAAUAACAGUUCAGUAAUAUUGUCAGUUUCCAAUACAGUCAAUUUACAAUCCGAAUGUUGUUAUAUUUCGAAGAACCAUACUAUGCCAUCAGAGACGCUUUUAUGCAAAUCUUGGGUCUGUUUAAUUUGUCCAAUACAUUUUACUUUCAAUCUUUCAGAUGCAUUAGAAAUAAAUGUUUUAGUUGUUGAAAAUGUCAGAUAGUUUGGCCCUAAAUUUUGCCAGCAACCACUGCCACUGGCUAGUGAACCUGAACAUGAUAGAGGGGAGUUGUAUUCAUAACUGAUAAUCGUCCAAUGUAAAAUAUAGUAAUAAGCCGGUAGUUUGUGAUUCCAGGUAUUAGCAAGUUAUAGACUAGCUGGAAAAUACUGAGAGAUGAUUACAAUAAAUUAAAACGUUGACAAUGACUCAUUCUGGCCAGUUCUAUGCGAGUGAGUUCAAGAGGCAUUACAGUUGAAGACCAAUUUCCGAAUUGACUCUCUUCCAGUGAAAAUCAAGCGAGGACAUGUGGUUUCCCACCAGUGACCUCUUCCCUCCAGAGUCUCUCUCUGUGAAUGGUAGAUUCCACUCCCAUUGAUAAAAUAUUCAAAAAAUAAUUUUUCAUGAGGGGGGAAAAAAAGGCUAUGGGUAUUUUCUAUUCAAACAGUUUUGCGUUGAGCUGUCUUUUUUCAGCAGUUGCAAAGCAUAAGUAACAGAGGCCAAAGAAAUCACCGCUGAGUGUAUUUUCCUUUACACUGUUCAUGGUAACAGAGAAAUUAAUUUUCUGUUCAACAUCUGAGUGCUAAAAGCUCUUUGAGGCUAUCAAAAUACUGUGAAGCAUUUUUUCCCCUGUAUUACGUAAUGUCUGUGAAGAUUUCCUUUUCAUUUUUAAUGGUUGCGUUGAAUAGUUGGUUAGACUUAUUUUAUGUAGAACUGAAAAGCAGUAAACCAGGUGCAUUGUGUCAUUGUAAGGAACAAUGUACAGGACAGUGAUGUAUAAGGAGAGAAUCUGUACCACUGAUGAAGGCAGAUUUCAAUCGGGUUUUUUUCUGUAUCGCUCUUUUUUUAUUGAAAAAAAAUAGUUUCACCGUAUCCAAGAAAGGAAAAGCAAAUAAGGAAACUUACUGAGUACUUUUAAACGCUGCCAAUUUUCUGCAUAGCAGAAUUAAAAAUGAUGGUGGCAGAGAAUAAGCCGACAAAACAUGCAAAGGCUUUUGUCAGGUGAUUAUUGUCAAAAUCAGUGAACCCUUUUGCUAACACUUUCAAGUUCUUAACAGGCUUUUGAUCCUGAAAUCAUUUCUGAUCUGCUUGCACACGGAUUGAAAAGCUAUGAAUUCUUAAGGAAGUUCAGAUACUUUUUAUUUACCGCCAACAGUGCUCCCUAACUCGAGAACUGGAAUGAAAAUGAGUCCAACUGAUUUCAUAAAAUGCUAAAUUCUCUUCAGUUAAAAUUAAUGUCAUUGCAUUUUUUUUGUUAGUGCCGUGCCAUAAACACUGGGAUUGAGUAUGGAAACUGUCAGUGAUUUUAGGCAUAAUGUUACUGUAACAGCAAACUUAUUUAUUUCUUAUGUUAGAUUGGCGAACAGUUACAGGUAUAUAUAGCAUUUUCUAUUUCCCUUUUAUUAUGAAUGUAUUUUAAGGACAAAUAGUCGUGCGAAAAAUUAGCUGUAACUUUCUUAGACCGUAUUUUACAGAAAAUAUGAGAUGUGCAUAUAGUUUAUUGUUAAACUGACUUGUAAAGGUCUUUAAUUUCUGUACAGUUUAAUAUAAAAUAAAAAAAAUAAUCUUUCA